AUGCCCAAACCUCGCCGCAACCUCCAAGCCACCGCCGAGGAAACAAUGACUCCUCCCUCUUCUCUCACACCAACUCAAUCCCUCGCUCGUGUCCUACAAGCUGCAGGCAACAAUCUCUACCGCGUUGAACUUCCCCCUUCCUCUACUCUGGCCUCCGACGCUUCCAAGACUCUUCUCGUCGAACUUCCCGCACGCUUCAGAUCGACAAUUUGGAUCAAGAGAGGAGGCUUUGUGCUUGUUGAUACAGCAGCAGCAGGAGAAAGAGAGAACAAACUGGAUGGAGAGAUUGUCAAUGUAGUGAGGAACGAGAAGGAGUGGCGAAAGGAAAAAUACUGGCCCAAGGAAUUUGUGCAGAGGAUUUCUUAUGCAGACGACGACGAUUCGGAUGAGGAAGAGUCGAAUGUGGGCAGGAUGCCUCCCUCGGAUUCGGAGGAUGAGUGA